UCUAGUAUUAGUCAGUUCCACUAAACCAGCCAGGCAGUGCACGGACGGUAGACCUCACGGUUUUAUUUUACUAUUCUAUGGAAAUAUUGUACCUGUAUUUGUAGCUUGGAUAGAUUUUUAUAGUAAUAUUUUCCAAGUUAACAGUUAACAGUAUAUUAUAUAGUUCUAUACACAUUUCAAUUAUACAAUUAUAAUAACAAAUAGUAUAACGUCGAGAUUAACGUGAAGUUUCCGUACCAAAUUAUUGAAACAUUUGGACGAGAACUAUACAGGAUGCCAGCUGAUAUUGCCACCAUGGAUAAUUUUGAUUUGAACAGCCACGACAAAACUCGUGAGAUGUCAGAAAUUCAAUCUUUUUACGAUGGUAUGACAGUUUUGUUAACCGGCGCUACUGGAUUUUUAGGAAAUUUAAUACUGGAAAAACUAAUCAGAACUUGUUCAGGAGUUAAAAGAAUUUAUGUCUUGAUCAGAGAGAAAAAAGGAAAAACUACAGAAGAAAGGUUUAAAGAGCUCUUCAAUGAUCCGCUGUUUGAAUUAAUGAAAAAACAAGAACCUAAUUAUUUAGAAAAGAUCACAGCAGUUAUUGGGGAUUGUUGUUUACCAAAUUUAGGAAUAGAUCUACAAAACACGAACAUUUUAAAAAAUGAAGUUAAUAUUGUUAUACACUCAGCUGCCACAGUAAGAUUUGAUGAACAUUUAAGAAAAGCUGUAAAUGUCAAUAUAAUUGCUUUACAAGAUAUUCUAAAAAUGAGCCAAGAAAUGCCAAACUUAAAGGCUUUCGUUCACAUUUCUACAGCUUACUCAAAUUGCGUCGGGAGACAAGUCGUAGAUGAGGUGUUCUAUAAGCCACCAAUAUCUGGAGAUAAUUUGUUACAGCUCGUAAACAGUCUUGACGAUGACUACAUCACUAGAAUUACUCCUUCAAUAUUGAAAGAGUGGCCAAACACAUAUGCAAUGACAAAAGCAAUAGCCGAAGGCGAAAUUUUAACAUAUGGCAAAGAGUUGCCCAUCGGGGUGAUAAGGCCGUCGAUGAUUGUCGCAACCAGUGACGAACCUAUUCCCGGGUGGAUCAACAACAUUUAUGGACCAACAGGAGUCGUAGCUGCUACCGGCAUUGGUCUCAUGAGAUGUAUGCGUACAGAUUAUACUAAAAUAGCUGACAUCAUACCUGGAGAUUUCGUUACCAACGCUAUUUUGGCCUCCGCCUGGGAAAUUCACAAUCAAUGGAAAAAUUAUAAAAACUCCAGUGAUUUGAAUAAAGAAAAGUUUGUGCCAAAAAUUUACAAUAUCGUUUCUUCGAGCUCUAACCCCUUGACAUGGGGAGAAUUUUCAUUUUAUAACAAGAAAUAUGGAUCCAGAAUACCCUCUAUAAGAGCGAUUUGGCCAAUUAUGUUGAGACUAUCCAAAAACAAAUAUGAAUAUUCAAUCUUAUGUUUUCUUCUUCACAUUAUACCUGCAUACAUUGUCGAUUCCUUAGCCAAACUCACGGGAAGAAAACCACAAUUAAUAGAAGGAUACAAAAAAAUACACAAAUUUACUGCUGUUAUUUCGUACUUUAGUCUACAUUCGUGGACGUUCCAUGAUGAUAACACAAAAUCGCUGAUAAAAAAGCUGUCCAAAUUGGACCAGUCCCUAUUUAAGUUUGACAUAUCCAAAUUAAGUUGGAAUGAAUAUUUCAAAAAACAUGUGAUGGGAAUUAGAUUGUACAUUGUAAAAGAACCAAUGGACACUUUGCCGGAGGCAAUGAAACGAAAUACUAAGUUGUACAUGAUUCACUAUACGUUAGUAUCCAUAUUGGUGGCAUUAUUAAUAUUAAUAAUAUAUGGACUGUUCUUACUAUUUGUAUAGGAAAUUAAAAUCUCUGUUGUCCUAAAUGGCAAUUUUACAUGUACGAUAUAUACGAGGUGUAUGGUGCGUACAAACUGUGGUGUGAAAAAAUUGUCAAUCCAAUUCGAAGACAAAAGAUCCGUAACGUUCUGCGUUUU